UACAGCUGAGUCUGUCUCCGAAACGGAUACCGCCCCUGUGUCUGAUGCAACGAGAUGAUGCAGCGUCUACUCCGCCUAACGUCAUUUUCGUAAAAUUCUAACUGUUGCAAAUCGUUCUUCUGAUAAGUAUAAAUUAAAUCUGUGAACAGAGUUCUGAUUACUUUACCGAAUUCAGCAUUUUCGCAUUUUUCUGAGCAUUUUCUAUUUUUCAAUGGCGUCCCUAAAGGAACCUGCCCCGCCGUUGGGGCGCAGUGAUUCGCAGCAGCAACAGUACGGGCAAAAUCCAUACGCGUACGCUAACAAUCAACGUCCGUGUGAUCAUUUUCGAUAUCACGACCACGGCCCCGGACUGUACGGACUGACUGUGGAGGAGAUCAAGACCAUCCAGGAGUGCCGCACUGAUGCCAACUGGAAGUACGCUAUGCCGUCGGCUGCUGUAGCUGGUCUGGCAACCCAUUUGGCCGUCAAGGGUGGUUACUUGCGCUCCAACCCGCGCUUUGGAUCCUUCUUCAAGGUGACCGCGGCCGCCUUGUUGGGCAAUGUUUUGGGUCGGUAUCUGUAUACGCGUUUCGGUGGCUGCCAGGAAAAAUUGGCCAAGUUGAACACUCCGAUCGGUGAGACCGCUCGGAAGCUGAACGAGGCCGGUGUUCGUCUGCCGCCGUAUAUGAUCGUGGCCGGGGCCGAAACGCAUCCAUGGGCUCGCAACCCGUGGGAGUCCUGGCGUGGCGACACUCGGGGAUACGGCGCUGGAUAUCGCUAUUUCCCGGGUCAGGCAGAUCAGUUUGGGCCGCAGCCGACCGGAGAAACGGCAGCGGAAGAUGCCGCCAAAGGACCGAAAAACAAAUUCUAAAUGCAACUUCGGUGCCGUUCCAGAAAUGUGUGCAGCUAAAGGGGCGAAUUCAGAUUUCAGCCAUCGGUGUAGGGAUUAUUAGAAGUAUUCUUCGCUUUUUAUGAUUUUUGUGCCUCUUAUGCUGAGUGUUUUAUUGACAUUUUUAUCGCAGUUUUCGUUUCGGGAUGUUCAUGAUACAACUUCAGUACAUGUACAUGAUUCUGCGUAAGCCAGGAUUUGCAGUAUCCGAUUUCUUUCAAUUUGACGGAUAAUGGUUAUUGGUUUCCUAACUUUUAAUUUUCUUGCAAUUUUACUUCGAAAACAGGGGUCAAUGGGUGAAAAACACAAAAAGUUACUCUGAA